GGGCGGGGAAGGGGCGGCCCCGCGGGGGCGGUGCCGAACCGAGCGCUCGCGGGAACCGCCGCAGCCAUCGCGGCGUGACCCGGCGCGGCCAUGGCCGGCUUCAUCAACUUCGCGGACGAGGAGGAGGUGCGGGCGUACCUGGAGAACCUGCACGUAGAGUACAGCUACCAGUGCUUCAAGGAGAAGGACCCGGACGGCUGCCAGCGCUUCGCCGAUUACCUGGACGCCGUGAGGAAGGACUUCGUGGCGGCGGGGCGGGUGCUGCGCGACAACUGCGAGGUGCACGGGCACAGCGAGAGCUGCUACAAACUGGGGGCCUACCAGGCCCUCGGCAAAGGUGGACUCAACCCGGAUUUGAAAGCUGCCUACAAAUCUUUUGUGAAAUCAUGUGAGAAAGGCGGGAAGAAGUCAGCAAAUGCGUGUCACAGCGCCGGGCUGCUGGCCCAGGAUGGGAGAGCCAACAAUGAUCAGCCUGACCCUGUUGCCGCCAGAGAUUAUUACACAAAAGCCUGUGAUGGCAAUUAUGCUCCAAGCUGCUUCAACCUGAGUGCAAUAUACCUGCAGGGAGCACCUGGGGUCCCCAAGGACAUGAGCCAUGCCUUGAAGUACUCGUUGAAAGGCUGUGAGCUGGGGCACGUGUGGGCUUGUGCCAAUGCCAGCCGUAUGUACAAACUGGGGGAUGGCGUUGAGAAGAAUGAUGCUAAGGCAGAGGAGCUGAAAAACAGGGCAAAACAGUUGCAUAAAGAACAGAAAGAGGCUGCAAGUUCUCUAACAUUUGGGGAGUAAAACUGGCAGUUGCAGAUAUUAAGUCUGUUUUUUUAAUGGCAGGUGAACUUAUAAUUUAAAUUGUGAGUGUAGUUUUCAUUUAAAUAAAUAUCCUGUAUUUGGAUAUACAAAUAAAAUCAUAUUUUUGUUUAUACA